CAUCUUUGAGCUCCUCGAGUAGACAUCAUGAGCAAAGCUCACCCUCCUGAGUUGAAGAAAUUUAUGGACAAGAAGUUAUCAUUGAAAUUAAAUGGUGGCAGACAUGUCCAAGGAAUAUUGAGGGGAUUUGAUCCCUUUAUGAAUCUUGUGAUAGAUGAAUGUGUGGAGAUGGCAACUAGUGGGCAACAGAACAAUAUUGGAAUGGUGGUAAUACGAGGAAAUAAUAUCAUCAUGUUAGAAGCUUUGGAACGAGUAUGAACAAUGGCUGUCUUCACCAGAGAAAUCAACUGCUUCCACAUGUCCCUUCUCCACAUUUUACUACGAUGAAAAUUGGGUCGUGUACAUUUUCUU